CUCAUCAACAACACGAUGGCGUCACCUUCUCCGUCUUCCACAGUGAUCCAGAUGCCUCCAAGUCCACACACCAACGGCGGGACAGCGGGCUUGGCUCCGGCCACGCCCGAGGACGCCGGCGACGUGCCAACCACAGCGCCCGCAGCAGCUGCUGGACCAGCAGCCAGCCCGACCGACAAGGUCAUGUCGAGUGCCGCGAACCUCGCGCAGCUGCUACCGACGGGCACGGUGCUGGCGUACCAGGCGCUGUCCCCGUCCUUCACCAACCACGGCAAGUGCUUCUCCUCCAACCAGUGGCUCACCGCGGCGCUGGUGAUCAUCCUCACCAUCUCGUGCAUCCUCUUCACCUUCACCGACAGUGUACUUGGCCGCGACCAGAAGCUCUACUACGGCAUCGCCACGCCGCGCGGUUUCAACGUGUUCAACUUCUCGGACGAAGAGGAGAGGCAGCAGUGGACUCCCGCUGAGUUCCGCAGGCUCCGCAUCCGGCCGCUGGACUUCGUGCGCGCCAUCUUCACGGCCCUGGUGUUCCUCACCGUAGCUUUCAGCGACGUGGGGCUGCAGAACUGCUUCUUCCCCAACGCUGGCAUGGACACCCAGGAGCUUCUCAAGAACCUGCCUCUGGGCAUUGCGUUUUUGUCCAGUUUUGUGUUCAUGAUCUUCCCCACAAAAAGGAAGGGCAUCGGCUACAGCGACACCACCCCUCGCCAAAAGCUCACUUGAUGUUAAUAUCAGUUCUUUCUGAACAGUUAGAUAGAUUAGAGUAUACCGUAAAUCACCAUAUAUAGUUACUGUAACUUUGAUGUUUAGGUCACUUGUUUUUUAAGUUAAAAUGUAGUGUAAUCGCGGUAUAGGAGGAGAUCUGGUAUAGGACUAGUAUUACUUAUUACAUUUCUUUGGUAAAUACUUGUGUAUUGUUUAAUUUAUUCAUGCCAAAUUUAUUGAAACCAUUUGGUGGG